UGUUCGCCGAAUCGACAUUAAUUCAAUUUGUAGCGGAGUUUCAACCAGAUAUGCACAUUUCUUUGGGAAAAAUUCUUCCAUAUUUCUUCUUUUCAUCGAGCUUAAUACUGAGAUCCAAAGGUGCUGAGCUUCAGGUUACAGUGAAACUUCACGAGAAGUUCUUGCUGGCGUGCACUGCAUCCAGCGAUCCAGAAAAUGUUAAACAUAUCGGUUGGUACCGCUGCUCUAGCAGUGAUUGCGAACACGACUGGGACAAGUUCCUGAUAGCGCAUGUUCAAAAUGUGACAGAGACAAUUGCCGAUAACCCAAAUUUUGAGGUUUACACCAACGGCACCUUAGUUAUUAAGAAGGUACUACCUGUCGAUGAUGGAAAAAUGUUUAUCUGCAUUGCCGAGGAGAGGCACAUAGGGAGAAAAAGGUCUACGACGAUCCUCCAUAUAGGCAAAGUUGCUGAGGUUACAGUAAAAAUUCACGAAAGACUCUUGCUGUCGUGCUCUGCAUCAAGUGGUCCAGAGAAUGUUAAAAAGAUCGAUUGGCACCGCUGCUCCACCUAUGAUUGCAAAAAUGAGUUGCUAAAGACCCAGAUAGCGCGUGUUCAAAACAUGAGAGUGACAAUUCCCUGCCCAAACUUUGAGGUUUACACCAACGGCACCUUAGUUAUCAAGAAAGUACUGCCUGCGGAUGAUGGAAAAUGGUUUAUCUGUAUUGCCCAGAAGACGUUUAUAGGGAACGAUAAUUCUACGACGAUCCUCCAUAUAGCCAAAGAACCCCCACAAUUGAUACAAGAGAGUCCUCCACAGCCUCAGGUCCUUGAAGGAAACGAUCUUCAUUUGGAUGUUCGAGUGCAAGGGUAUCCUUACCCCUGGAUAACUUGGAGCCAUGGUGACCAUCUCCUACAGAAUAAAUCGGUUAAAGAUUAA